CUUCCAUCCCUCAUUCCAAACGCAGUGUAAUAGCUACGUUAAUGUCUUCAUCUUAGCUUAUACUAAUAGGAUAGAUAUUAGAGAGGUCAUGAAGAGAAUGGCAUUGGGUUUUGAAACUCGAAGUUGCUUCAUACGUUUCUUCUUCUUCUUCUUUUUCUUGCUAUUGCUACUAUGCUCUGCUCUUGCACGGAAUCCUAUUUUCUUUUCAAGGACUGGUCAUGAAACUUUGGGCGUAGUUGGGAGGUCAUUGAGGGUAAUAGAGCUUGACGACUAUGGUGAACCAACUGCAAAUCAUGGGCAUGAUCCUACAUGGAACAGGGUAACCGGGGGAGAUCAUCAUGCAGGGAGAAAAGGCUGAAAAAAUUAUAUAUUAUGGAUAUUUUAUUCAUUUCUAUUGUUAUUUUCACUUAAUAUUUAAUGUAAUAACUGUUUUGCGCGUGUGAAUUUAUUGGUGAUGUUUAUCAAUAAAUAAUACAAUAAUAGCCGUAAUACUAUACAUGUAUUUUUAAUAGACGGAAUUAGAAGAUAAAAUUAAUAGCAAAUUAUUACACUA